AUGGGUAGGCGUAAGAUUGAAAUUCAAAGGAUCUCUGAUGACAGAAAUAGGGCUGUCACAUUUAUAAAGCGCAAGGCCGGUCUCUUCAAAAAAGCUCAUGAACUCUCCGUUCUUUGUCAGGUGGAUAUAGCCGUUAUCAUACUAGGUUCUAAUAAUACUUUUUAUGAGUUUUCCUCCGUGGAUACGAAUGAUCUGAUUGACCAUUACCAGAAUGACAAGAAUCUGCUCCAUGAAGUGAAGGACCCCUCUGAUUACGGGGACUUCCACAAGAGUGCGUCGGUUAACGUAAACGUAGAACUACUGAGGUCAUCUAUGGCCAAUAAAUUUUCUAAGUCAAAUCCUACGGCAAUGCAACAGGUGGAAAGUGACGGUGAUGACAACAGGGAGGAGGAAGAGGAAGAGGAAGAAAAUGGUCAGGAAAGAGACUCAAAUCUAAAUUCGAAUGCAAAAACUUCUGAUAAAAGUAUAUCGAGUACACAGUUGAAGCUAUUAUCUCCAACCACCCUCAAUUCAAAAAUGGACGGCAACGACCACAGUAAACGCCAUGCCGACAAUGCAUUGCCGCCUCUACAGCGCUUGAAAAGAUUAAAACCGGAUCCCUCACAAAUCAAUAACAGGUCUCCGCGGCAGCAGCAACAACAACAGCAACAGCAACAAAGCAUACCAAGACCAUACCACGGUAACAUGUAUAACCUGAAUCAACCUUCAUCCAGUUCAUCUUCUCCUUCCACGAUGGAUUUUCCCAAAUUGCCAAGUUUUCAAAACUCUUACUUCAAUACCCGUUCUCAACCAAUUUCGAUUUCACCAAAUAAAUUUAAUAGGCCGUUCAUAAGUGCAGCUGCUAGAACCCCUAAACAGGAUCAUAAGCUUAACAACAACAAUAACAAUAAUAAUGAUAAUAGUACUUACACACAGUCCCCACCUAGCUCUUUAGAAGACUCCAUUCUGCAAACUGUCAAAGCGAGAAGGAAACUGGCUACGAGACCAGUGCUUCGUGUGAGAAUCCCAAAUAACAACUUCAGCAGCAAUUCUGCUAUUCCAAGUGAACCUUCUUCUGCAUCAUCUACAUCGGCGAACGGGAAUAGCACGGGAUCUUCAGAAAUUAUAAAAGAAUGUAGGACAAGCCGAUCCACCAAGGCUUCCCCAUUAUCGGCUUCUGGUUCAGGCUCCUUGACUCUUCAAAAGGGUAAUAGUGGUAGAGUAGUAAUAAAACUGCCAAAUGCGAACACAUCUAACAGUAUUAAUAAUAACAAUGGAAACAAUAACAACAACCAUCAUCAUCAUCCAUAUUCAUUCGGAAAUGGCUCUUCACCACUUUUUUCUGCAACGCAACCAUACGUCGCCACCCCUUUACAACCAUCGAAUAUUCCUGGCGGACCUUUUCAACAAAAUACAUCCUCUUUCUUAGCUCAAAGGCAUGCACAACAAUAUCAGCAAAUGCCUUUCAAAAAGCAAAGUCAAGCUGCCCCAUUAGCCUCAGCAUUAGUGGGACGCCCUCCUCCAACUUUUUCUGGACCUGAGAAUAGCAAUGGUCCUCCAACUGGUUCGCUACCAUCGAAAUUUGUACACGAUUUGAUGAGUAACUCUCCAAACGUUUCUUCCAUGCCAAUGUUCUCGGACUGGGCAAUGGGACCGAACAGCGCUAAACCCGGCAAUACAAGCAGUGCCGGUACUUUCCCUCCUCUACAGACGACUACAAAUAACAACAGCAACGGCAACAACAAUUACUACAACAACACUGGCGACGUACCCGUAAGCGGAGCUUCCAUGCCACAACAUACCAGCGGAGGUGACACAAAUAAUCAGCCCAACUCAAACACCUAUGAUGCCGGUGCGGCAUCAUAUAAUGGUAAUACCGGGUUAACUCCAUAUAUAAAUACUGCUCAAACACCAUUAGGUACAAAAUUUUUCAAUUUCUCUACUGACAUCUCAGGAGAGAAGAAUUCAAGUAAAAUUUGA